AUGGAGGGUCGAGGCACCCCGUUCGACUCCAACCCGUCGUCCUCAGAUGGCCAGUAUGGGGAGGAAUGGGCACGCGAUCUUCGCCUCAAGUUUGAGGGCCUUUUGAGGGACAAGCGCAUGAAUGACUUGCGCUCUUGCACUCGGAGUCAUUCACCGCGACACCAGUCCCCCGGCUUAUCAGGCCGAGCCUCGAGUGCUAACCUGGCUGCCCAUGCCUCGUUCACCGACAAUAGACCAGCAACCGCGCAUGGCAGUGAGACUCCAUCAACACCCCCGUCAUACUCGUGUAUCCGCCAUCUUCCCAAAAUCCCAACAGCACCAGCUGCUGGAGAUCGAGACUCGCAGAAGUUCCGAAACUUGAUGAUCAGCCUAUCAUUGACUCCGACAAAGUAUGAGAAUCCCGGUUUGUUGGAUGAAGCUUUGCAGACCAUUCCACUCGAUCGAAUCUACAGCGAAGCCGAAGAGGAAUGUCAAGUCCUACAAGCUGAGGCAGAGAGUAUGGGUGAUGGCCGUCGACCGGAAUGGGGAUAUCAGGAUUGUGUAAUUCGCGCACUUCUCCGAUGGUUCAAGCGGUCGUUCUUUACCUGGGUGAACAAUCCUCCUUGCCCGGUAUGUCUGUCGCCAACUAUUGCGCAGGGAAUGACAGCCCCUACCCCCGAAGAAAGCGCUUGCGGUGCCCUUCGUGUAGAACUAUACAGAUGCUCUGCUCAAAACUGCGGGGCCUAUGAGCGAUUCCCCCGCUAUGGUGAUGUGUGGCGGCUACUUCAGACCCGACGAGGACGUGUUGGUGAAUGGGCGAACUGCUUCAGCAUGCUUUGCCGCGCCGUUGGUGGCAGAGUCAGAUGGGUGUGGAACGCCGAAGACCAUGUGUGGACCGAGGUAUACUCAGAACAUCAGCGAAGAUGGGUUCAUGUCGAUGCGUGUGAGGAGGCUUGGGAUAGCCCUCGUCUUUACACCGAAGGAUGGGGCAAGAAGAUGUCAUACUGCAUUGCCUUCUCCAUCGACGGAGCGACCGACGUAACACGACGAUAUGUACGAAACAAUGAAUCAGCUGCCGAGCGCAACCGUUGCCCCGAGGAGGUCAUGCUUUACAUCACACAAGAGAUCAAGAACAUUCGACGAAGUAACAUGAACAAGGACGAACGUUUUCGUCUCGAGAAGGAAGAUCAGCGGGAGGACGAGGAACUUCGCGGCUACGUAGUGGCAUCUAUUGCUCAGGCCGUUACCGAUCUUGUUCCUGGCGCCUCGAGCUCGUCAUCAGCAAGCACCGGCCGCAUCGUGCCCAGCCAUGGACAAGACGUCAAGGUCCCUGCCGAGCAGCUCGUACAGCAAACCGGCAGCGCUGCUUGGUUAAUGGCUCAGCAGCAAGCACGAAAUCAACAAUUUCAACCCCCUCGUGACCCCCGACAGCAGUAA